GAUUUUUGGACGCCAUCUUGGAUUCUCCAUCAUCAGGAAGUGGGCAGCGCCUGUAGAUCAACUGAAUUUGACGCACACAUUGUGUAAAAAUCUUCGAUUAAAAAAGGAUUUACAGACCUCAGGAGUCACAAUGAAUGAAGACUAUGAUGUUAUCGUGUUGGGAACUGGACUUAAGGAAUGUGUGCUGAGUGGACUUCUGUCUGUGAAUGGAAAAAAGGUGCUUCACAUGGACAGGAAUGAUCACUAUGGUGGAGCAAGUGCUUCCAUUACACCGCUCUCAGACCUUUUUAAAAGAUUUGGAAAGAGCGAGGAGUAUGUCGACGGGAUGUGCGGAAAGGCACAAGACUGGAAUGUGGACCUUAUUCCCAAGCUUAUCAUGGCCAAUGGUGAGUUGGUGAAAAUACUUAUUUUGUCUGGGGUGACCAGAUACCUUGAGUUCAAGAGUGUAGAAGGCAGCUAUGUCUACUACAAAAAGAAAAUCCACAAGAUCCCUGCAUGUGAAAGCGAAGCCUUGAGAACUGAUCUUGUCAGCAUGUGGAGUAAGAAAUCUUUUAGCAAUUUCGUAAAGUUUGUCAUAGAAUACAACCCAGAAGAACCAGUCAAAAAGAAGGACUUUUCAAAAGAUAUGACCACAGAAGCUUUGUUCAAAAUCUUCGGAAUGACAGAUGUAACAGACGUCAUUGGCCAUGCCAUUGCUCUGCAUUUGGAUGAUGACUACUUGCAGCGGCCUUGUGAAGAGACCAUUUACCGACUUAAGUUGUACUUUGACUGCGUCCAAAGAUAUGGAAAGAGUCCCUAUCUCUAUCCACUGUAUGGGCUUGGGGAGUUGCCUCAGGGAUUCGCCAGGUUGAGUGCAAUCUAUGGUGGCACCUACAUGCUGAGCAAGCCUAUUCAAAAGGUUAUCAUUGGCGAGGAUGGCAAGGUGGAAGGAGUACAAUCCCAGGAUGAGGUAGCCCGCGCCAAAAUGGUCAUCGGUGACCCCUCCUACUUUCCUGAUCUGGCCAAAAAGAACGGGCAGGUGGUGCGAACAAUCUGUAUUUUGGACCAUCCCAUCAUGGGCCCCAAGAAUAGCUCGCUAGGUUUGUCCACACAGCUCAUUUUCCCGUGCAGUCAAGUAGAGGGCCGUAAAUCAGAUAUCUAUGUCUGCUGUGUAUCGCACGCUCACAAAGUAGCUUACUGCUCAAAGGAUGUAAAGUACUACAUUGCAAUAGCAUCGUGCAAAGUGGAAACUAACAGCCCAGAAGAUGAGCUAGAACCUGCCCUGAAAUUCCUGGAACCAAUCAAGUACAAGUUCACAAAGGUUGAGGAUCUGUAUGAGCCAAUCAAUGACGGCAAAGAGAAUGGGAUCUUCAUCACCAAGUCCUACGACGCCACAACUCACUUUGAGACAUGCUGUCAAGACAUCAAAGAUGUAUACGAGCGGGCUACGGGACUACCCAUUGACUUCUCCAAGGUCAAACUGGACGUCAAUGUAGGACAGGAAUAGUUUAAUCUGUCUGCAAUCUGCUGAAUGGUAGGAAUGCAAACAUCAGCCCUUAGUAGUGAAAACCCUGUAUUUUUUUUUGUGUCGAUAUGACCUUGUAAAAAAGAAUCAAGUGAUGCAAUACUCUUUAAGGGGAAUCAUAACCUGUAGUUAAAACGCAAAUUGGUUGUAGAAACAGAAAAUAUGCAUGAAAUUGUAAAAUCUUUACAUAAACACUCAGUGAGACUUUUGACACUAUAUAAAGGCUCAAGACGGAAUGUCCGCCACAAAAAACACACUUGGUAUCCUAACACUAAUUCACCAAUGAUUCCAUUUGUUUAUUUGUGAUUAACUUAAUUGACCCAGUACCGUUUUCCUGUGCUGUCCAGUGUUCGUAUUAUUUUGAGCAGGGGACAACGCAGUAAGUUGGGGGUAGUGAAGAUAAACUUUCAGUAUCGGAUUUAGAUUUGGAACCUCCCGGAGUGGUUUGUGAUAUUGUGUAAAUAAUGACCCGCUAUGAAAUGUGGUGAAAUUACAUCAUAAAAAGAAAAAAUUGGAAAAGCAGAUUAUUUUGCUUUCCAGUGUGUAGUAUGAUGAC